CCGUGUGUGUGUGUGGGGGGGGUCCCUGACCCCGUGUGUGUCCCCCCCCCAGACGAGAUCAAGGUGGAGGUGCCGUGCGGGACGGACGAGCCGGCGCGGAUCUGCCCCAACGGCACCAAGUGCAAGAAGUACUGGGAGGGCCCCAACUACGGCAUCACGCAGUUCGACAACAUCCUCUUCGCCGUGCUCACCGUCUUCCAGUGCAUCACCAUGGAAGGGUGGACAGACCUCCUCUACUAUAGCAACGACGCCUCAGGGAACACUUGGAACUGGCUGUACUUCAUCCCCCUCAUCAUCAUCGGCUCCUUUUUUAUGCUCAACCUAGUGCUGGGGGUGCUGUCCGGGGAGUUCGCCAAGGAGCGGGAGCGGGUGGAGAACCGCCGCGCCUUCCUCAAGCUGCGGCGCCAGCAGCAGAUCGAGCGGGAGCUCAACGGCUACAUGGAGUGGAUCUCCAAAGCGGAAGAAGUCAUCCUGGCGGAGGACGAGACCGAGGGCGACCCCCGGCACCCCUUCGAUGGUAAGUGGCUGCCCCGCCGUGGGCCGGGCGGGGGGCUUGGA